AAUGUCGUUGUGUGGGUGCAGGUUCUUCUCCGCUCAUGGUGCAUUUACCCUUUUAACUUACCCGUAAUAGUUAAUAAGUGUUAAAGUUGUAAUAAAAUUCGAAUAACAUAAUGCCCAGUGUCAAAAGUGUAGUGCAACACCGUUAGGCGCUUCGCAGUUAAGAAAUGGGUUUGGGCGAAUAUUAGCACGGAUUGCCGUUCAGAAUGCCCCGAUUUUCGAGCCCCUGGAAAUUGAACAACACUCCGCUGGUACUACCUCAUGAUCCCUUUGAUCCAAGUUGUACAGCAUCGUCCUCUAAUAUCUACAAGCGACCAGAAAAAAUUACUUCCUUGCUCAGCAGUGGUCGUGACGAUCUAACAAGUCACUUCAUGCUCCGCUCAAGAAAUGGAAGCACCGAGAAGUAAAAAUGAUACGACCAUGUUUUGGGAGGCAGGAGGUGGAGGAGGAACAGGUGUUGGAGUAUCUGCGACUCCCAAUGGAGUUUCAGGAGGCAACCGGCGUCGCAAGAAGCGCCCUACGUACGGUGUUAGGACCGUCGAAAUCACGAAGGGCAAGAAUGGCUUCGGCUUCACCAUCAGCGGGCAAGCGCCCUGCAUGCUCUCCUACAUCGUGCCGGGAUCAUCAGCCGAGAGAUCGGGCCUUCGCCUCGGUGAUUAUUUGAUUGCUGUUAAUGGGCAAAAUGUCAGCAAGUCCACACAUGAUGACGUCGUUAGGAUUAUUGGAAUGUCUAAGCUCCUCAAGCUGCAGAUAGCCGAAAAUUAUUAUUCCGACAGCUCUGACGACGAAUACGUUGCAGUUAAUCGACAGAAGCCAAAGUUCCCUAAUCGUUUGCGGCACAAACAACAGCAAACGAGAGCUGAGCGUGUAGUGCGUGAUCUCCAGAGUGGUGCAAUUUUCAGCGAACGAGCAGCCAUUCAGCUCGGAGAAGCAGCCCUGCUUUCCGACAGAGAUUGGCCGGAAUCUUUUCCUUCUAAACUUCCCAACGUUUAUCCUCCUCCAAGUGCUUCCAUUCACAAUGCUGCCGGGCAAUUGCCAGAUUCGCAAUCUUCAUUACUUCAGCCUCCAUUGCAAUGUUCAUCACCUACAAGAAGACGCUUUAUGCCAUUGGCAUUCGGUGACAACCGCCAGAACAGCAACAUUACCCCUACGCGUCAUUUCGAAGACCAGCAAAUCGAUCAAGUUGCCAGGUCAAGGCAGUCUCCUGUGAAAGGAGAGAAAAUCGUUAAAAACAAAAUUCAGUUUAUCAACGGUCAACAGCUAAUGCAACAGCAUGUGAGGCCGCACUUGCCACAUCCUACUCACAAUCGUCCACCCCGGCAAAACCUGCACUCUCAUUUUUACCAACAGUCUUGUCACCCGCACCCUCAUCAUCAGAGUUUACACGCACCAUUCUCACCUAAAGGAUAUCAUAGACAACUGCAAUCAUCUCAACAGAUGCCGCCCCCUCAUCCACACCACACUACCCCACUCGAUAAUGACCAAUAUCAACACCAAACGAAAAACCAGCAACUUGUGCAGCAAAUGCAGCCUCAUAUUCAAGUUAAUCAAGGUGCUCAAACUCAACAAAUAUACGAUAAGCAAUACCACCAACUCAUGUUGCGUCAUCACCAGCAAAACCAACAUGGUCAUACGAGCAGUGCAUUAGAUGACGUAAGGAUCAUCACCGAACAAGAAAUUAACAAAAUUCUUUAUCCAACCCUGGCCGAACUACAAUUAAAGGGCCCUCCCCCUGACCUUGGCGAGUCCCUCUACCGAGCAGUUGUUGGGUACUUAGGUACCAUAGAAGUACCCAAAGAUUCUCAAGGUGGAUCCAGACUGACUGCCAUUAAAAACUGCAUUAGAAGGCUGCGCAUCGAAAAGAAAGUUCACACUCUCGUCCUGAUGUCCGUUUUUAAUGAAAGGGUUGUCUUGACGAACCCUCAUGGUAUUACCCUUGCUCAGUACCCAGCCGAGCGAAUCACUUUCUGCGGUGUGUAUGCAGAUGACAAGAAAUUUUUCGGUCUGGUAACUGUGCAUGGUUCCUCUAGUGACGAAUUUAGCGAUGUAAGUAAUGACGGGAAAGGAAAUGGGCGCAACGAACAAGGAGUCUCUUCUUCGUGUCACGUGUUCAUGGUAGAUCCCAGCAUGGUAGAGCACAACGACCACGCUCGUAGAGCCAAAACUUUCCGAAUUGAAUGCACAACGGCUGAAGAUAAUGCACCUGUGACCCACUGCAAGGAAUUUCCCGACACAGCUGACCCUAUUCUUCAUACGAUUAUGAGUCUGUAUAGAUCUCAGCCAGGAUUUAAUUUUGACAAUGGUGGAAACAACGUGGGCAUGGCAGAUGACGCUCAAAUGUCUCCCCAACAUUCCAAUACGUCGUCAAAUUCAUCUAAUUCAGAUUCAGGAAUCGGGUUCAGAGACGAAGGAGGCAGCCAUCUCUAUCGCCACAUGGACAGGGUUUUUGUCGUCGAAGUGGACGAUAACCAACGGCUUAGGAUACAAAACUACCAUUUAGUUAACAAUAGUCGAAACAACAGCAAUUCAAGCGGUGCCAAUAGUAAUAAUGCUAGUACGAAUGCAAAUUCUAGACCUAAUAACCAUUUAGAUAGUUUACAAGCCACUGUAGAUAAUCUUAGAAGUAACAUUAAUUAUAAUUUGCCAGUAAUGAGCGGAAGUCUUGGCAGUAAUGUGCUGGCUGGCGAUGCCAGUGACAGUGGCCUACGGACAGGCAAUAGCAAUACGAAUCCACGUACUAAUAGCGCGGAAAGAAACGCGUCGUGCUCUAAUAAAGUGAACUAUCGUGCCAUUAACGCUCGUGAUAGAUUACAAAUGUGUGAUCCCAAGUGUGCCAAAUCCUCGCUUGAUAGUGAUAUUGCAAUAGUGCCAAGUGACAAUUUUAGGCUGAACGGUACAGAACAUUCUUGUGACCGAGACAGCAUAGCUGGAAAUUGUGCGAUGGGAGAUGAUAAAGAUAUUGAUAUUUCUGCUUCUCAUUCCUGCAAUAACAAUUUAAGCGAUUAUAUGAAGAUCGGUGCUACUGACAGCUAUAGGCGAAAAUGUAGCAGACCAAGAGCUUGCGCCUCCACUUCAGAGGCUCCCACCACAGACGGCCGGUCAAGUAUCACGGAUGAACUUCAUGCGUCGGCGCUUGCGAUGGCCAGAGCCGAGAACAGGUCUGCUCAGGGCGUCGACGGUAGAACGAGCGUCAGUGACGAGAAGAUGAGAGGCUGUAGGACACCUGCGAUCGAGGGCAGCUCUCCAUCCGAUGUUGAGAGGUUGACUGUUAGAGCCAUGCCUGAUCCAGUCGGCAUUGAAAGAGCUGCUGCUCCCGUUUGCGAAACAGAUCCUCAUAUUAAUUCAAUGCGGCAUUCUAUGCAUAAAUACCUGCAGCAUAAACAACAGCAUUUGGUUAAGGUAUCACAAAAAAUUAAUAGGCGCGAGUCUGAUACGGACGGCAUUCAUCCUUUGAGUGUUCGGGCAUUUUCGCCGGCUAACGUAAAGAAAAAAUCAACGACGCCAACUCCCAAUUCUGCUGCAACUCAAAACUCAUUAGACUUAGAACUGUCAUUGAAAUUGUCUCCUAAAGUGUAUGGUUUACCUGUUGCCUGUCUAACUUCGUCUAGUCGCCCGAAUGCUCCAUCCGAGCGUUCAUUCAGUCGUUCUCUGGAAGAUUUAAGAGAUUCUUCCGCUAGUGACGGAGUCAACGGUUCAGUUGGGGCACAAAGAGGAAGCUUUAGAGAUGGCUCAGAGAGUGACCAAGGACUAGAUAAAAUACGUCCGUGUCCUCUGCCUUCACGACUUCCCCUCAAUAGAUACCUGCAUGCCUCAGAGACAAACUUGUCAAGUUGUAGCCAUUCUCAUCACCACACCCCUCAUUAUUCUCAUGAUGCACCUAGAGGGGCGUUCCGAGCUGUUCCUCCGAGAGCGCCUCCACGUCCUCCAUCAGACUUCGGAGUUGCUCGUCUCACCGGCACUCGCCCUUGUGGUAUUGCGUCAAUUGAUCAGAUCAUUAACGGCGUUGCAAGAAUGGGAGCUGCAAGAAGUACACUGUGUGCACCACAAUGUGGUACGGACGUUAAAACUACACAUACUCCUUCAACCUGUGCUUCACCUGCCCUGCACGAUAGUGACAUGGGUCCUCCUCUCACCACGACCAUUCUUAAAAGCGUCAAUACCGACAGCUUCAAACGUUCCAAUGCCAAGGCUAUGGGAUUAGAAAGCGACAAGUAUUCAGAGAGUAUACUGGAUCCAAAUGGAUCAUCUUAUGAGCGAACUUCUAAUGCCUUAGUGCCGUACGAAAGUCAACACGCGUCUGCCAUUCCUGUAGUAACUUCUAGCUUCAGUGACGGCACGAACAAUCAAGAAAUGUCCACAGUUAUUCCAAACUCUUCAAAUUAUUCUGACGAAAACAGCAGAGAAUUCUAUGACGAUCCCAAUGAAGUUCCAGCCCAAGAAGAAUAUGUUCUGGAGUCUGAUUUAGAUGAACAGGUACGUCUUCGAGGAGGUCUGGAAUUGUCUUUAUCGCAAGCUUUUACAGCUUUCGUAAGUAUAUAG